GGGCUGGGGGGGGCGUGUCUGCGCGCGCAUGCGCCGUGGUGAAAGGCCGCCACCUCGAGCAAGAUGGCUGCUAAGAGUAUCGCUUCCCGCCUCCGGGGCUCCAGACGUUUUCUGAGCGGCUUCGUGGCCGGGGCUGUAGUGGGCGUUGCGGGAGCUGGGCUCGCGGCCCUGCAGUUCUUCCGGAGUCAGGGCGCUGAGGCAGCGUUGGCAGGGAAGGAGCCGGAUGGAUCUGCGGAAAAGGCUGUCUUGGAACAAUUUGGGUUCCCUUUAACUGGAACAGAGACAAGGUGUUACACUAAUCACGCUCUGUCUUAUGACCAGGCAAAGCGGGUGCCUCGAUGGGUUCUUGAACAUAUUUCCAAAAGCAAGAUAAUGGGUGAUGCAGACAGAAAGCACUGUAAAUUUAAGCCAGAUCCCAGUAUCCCUCCAACCUUCAGUGCCUUCAACGAGGAUUAUGUUGGAAGUGGGUGGUCACGAGGACACAUGGCUCCAGCAGGAAAUAACAAAUUUUCAAGUAAAGCCAUGGCUGAAACCUUUUACCUUUCUAACAUUGUGCCUCAGGAUUUUGAUAAUAAUUCUGGAUAUUGGAACAGAAUAGAAAUGUACUGUCGAGAGCUGACGGAAAGGUUUGAAGAUGUUUGGGUGGUAUCUGGGCCUUUGACCUUACCUCAGACUAGAAGCGACGGAAAGAAAAUAGUUAGUUACCAGGUGAUUGGUGCGGACAACGUGGCAGUCCCCUCACACCUUUAUAAGGUGAUCCUGGCCCGCAGAAGCCCAGUCUCUACUGAACCACUGGCACUAGGGGCCUUUGUGGUACCCAAUGAAGCCAUCGGCUUCCAACCCCAGUUAACUGAGUUCCAAGUGAGCCUCCAGGACCUAGAGAAGUUGUCAGGACUGGUGUUUUUUCCUCAUUUGGAUAGAACUAGUGACAUCCGGAAUAUCUGCUCUGUGGACACCUGUAAGCUCCUGGAUUUCCAGGAGUUCACCUUGUACUUGAGCACAAGAAAGAUUGAGGGAGCCCGAUCAGUGCUCAGACUGGAAAAGAUCUUGGAAAACUUGAAGAAUGCAGGGAUUGAACCAGAUGAUUACUUCAUGAGUCGCUAUGAGAAGAAGCUAGAAGAACUCAAAGCAAGGGAGCAGUCAGGAACCCAGACAAGAAAGCCUUCCUAGUUUUUACUCUCAAGAUGUGUGAUACCGUCUGUAAUGGAGCAGGCAUGCCCUCUUUAGGCUAACAUAUUUUAGUGGCUUUGCUUUUUGCUUUAAAAAAUUUUUUUUCUUUAAGACAUCGGAUCUCGCUAUGUCAUCCAGGCUGGACUCCAGUGGUGCAAUCAUAGCUCACUACAGCCUCGAACUUCUGGGCUUAAGCAAUCCUCCUGCCUCUGCCCCCUGAGCAGCUGGGACUACAGACACAUACCAUAACCCUCAGCUACCAGUGGCUUUGCUUUAAACAAAUGAUGGAAUCCUAAAUUUACGACUAAAAAUUCCCCCAAAAGACGAAAGAUCUACAAUCUUUAGUUUGACUCAGGAACUAAUUAUUGAGGGAGCUGUGACACCUGCAGAUGGAGGGGUGAUCUUGUGUCAAGAUGACACGCAUUUGUGUCCCUCUGGGUGUAGAGUAUUGGGAAGGCAUUGUUUGGUUUCAUGCCUCCAAACCAUAUGUUGUCUUUGAUGUAUCUGCUCAGCCUUCUUAGAACUCAGUGUUGUACAUUUUUCCCCACUAGGACCUGAAUUGUUCCUGGAGGCGGCUUUUAGAAAUCUUCUAUGUAGUUCCUGUCCACAUGCACUGUGUAUUUGUUUCUUCUUUCUCCUCUCAUGAACCUGCUGUUUCUGUACUUGUAUGUAGAAGCACUCACCUGCUCACUAAAUGUUUCUGUAUGUUAGGCUCAGUGCUUUACAUGUGUUAUCUCACAAUGACCCUCUGAGAUAAAUACCACUAUCCCCAUUUUACCUGUGAGAAAAUUGAGGCUUGGAGAGCUUAUAUCUUACCCAGGUUUCACUUUUCCAAAGUAGUCAUCCACAAAGUAUGAGGCAGACAGAUGUAAGAGAAGAAACACAGCUGAGGCAGAUUCAGAUCUUUCCUAGCAUGGAUGGUGGCUUUUGACGCAGAAAUAUUUACCUAUUUUUGUGGGUAUUUGUGGGCCUGAGGCGUGCUUGGUAAGAAGAGUCUGGUUUCUCGUCUGCUAUGCAAGCCAAAUGGACUUUAAUGUCCUUUGAAUUGAACCCUCCUUAGCUCUUUGGAAAGAGAUAGAGUGGGUACUUGGGAAUUAGAGGGUAAUACUUUGUGCAAUUUGUUAGAGCCCAUACGUGCCUCCAGAGAUACACUUCUUUCAGUGACCAGAUACUGCCAAAUUGAUGUGUUCUUGUUUUCCAGGUGAGCUGUAGACUCUAAGAAGGGUCUACAGCCAUGCACUGUGGCUCAGGCCUAUACUUAGUACUUUGGGAAAUUGAGGUGGGUGGAUCGCUUGAGCCCAGGAGUUUGAGACCAGCCUGGGCAACAUAAUGAAACCCUGUCUCUACAAAAAAUACAAAAAUUAGCUGGGUGUGGUGGUUCACACCUGUAAUCUCAGCUACUUGGGAGGUUGAGAUGGAAGGAUCACUUGAGCCCAGCAGGUCGAGGCUGUGACGGGCCAUGAUUGUGCCACUGCACUCCAGCCUGGGUGAUAGAGGGAGACGCUGUCUCAAAAAAAAACAACAAAAAAAGAAAAAGGUCUGCCCACAAAGUCACCAGCUUAUGAUUUGCUUGACUCUGCGUCUGCUUGUCUACCUAGCAUAGGGCAGGUGGUACUUUGGGCCAAAGGUCCGAAGGCAUUUUGCAUGCCUAGGGGAAAUCGUGGCUGCUUUUCUGAGCCAGAUCUCUUUAUUUGGGUUUAAAUGGAGUCCUUUCAUGGACCAUCCUGAAUAUUGUCAGUCAGAAGUCUUGGGGCUUAAGAACUUGUCUGAAUCCAUCAUACCACUGCUGUCUUCCAAGCGGUAUUACAAGAAAGAGUUUGUGGUGUGUGUGUUCUAAGAGAAAUGCCAAGGCUUCCAGAUAAAGGUAAGAUGGUAAUGAUUGGCUUUGUUCUGCUCUUUUGUUUGGGUGAAAAAGAAAAGUUGACGGGUCAGAACACAGUAGCCUGAUUAGUGCCAUUCUGUUUUAUCACACUGUUCCCAUUAAGUUGUGCCAGUUCUCCUCUCCCCAGGAAUGUAGAGCCAAAAUGUCACUGUGACCAAACAAUGUGUUACUUUCUCUUCUCAAUGGAGAGGUGAUUGUGGGGCCUGGUUGUUUCUCCAGGAGUGUAAGGGGCAGCUCUGUGGCAUCAGUCUUGCUGCCCAUCUCUAGAGGCGGGCUCCCAGCGCCCCUGUGGCUGUGCUCUGUGCUGAGCCACAUUGCUGGCAGCCUUGGAGUUGCUGCUCCUGCUCUUCUUGCUCCUGUCUCUUCACCUAGUUGGUAGAAUCUCUAUUUUUAGAUUAAUAAAGUUUCUUAGGGUUUUAUUUCUUU